GGCGACGGAUUUCUGCGGCACUGCCUCGCCCUCCUCUGCGCUUAAUUCCUAUCUUCAUCAUACCAACUGCAGAACUGCAGAUUGCUUCCGGAUCGGCUGCUGCUCCUUUCAACUAGCACCAGGUCGAGCGCACCGGCCACGGCGGAGAGGAGAUGUUCACGAACCCACAGCGCCAGGUCGAGCGCACCGGCCGUGGUGGCACUCCGAGAGACCAGUACCUUCAGGAUCUCGUGACCCAGUUCCAGGACUCCACGGAUGAAGAGUGCAAGGAGAGGAUAGUUGCAAACUUGUCAAAUUUCGCAUAUGACCCUUAUAACUACGCCUUUAUGCGCCAGCUGAAUAUUCUCGAGCUGUUCUUGGACUGCAUUACGGAGUCAAAUGAAAGGCUUGUUGAGUUUGGCGUUGGUGGAAUAUGUAAUUCGUGCGUUGAUCCAGCGAAUGCUUCAGUAAUUAAUCGAUGUGGUGGAAUCCCAUUGGUUGUACAAUGCUUAUCUAGCCCAGUUAGGAAUACUGUUAUUUAUGCACUUGGAGCCUUGUACUACUUAUGCAACCCUUCGACAAAGAAAGAGAUUUUGAAACCGGACGUCCUUCGGGUGAUAAGAGAGUAUUCUGCAGCUGGAGCCGUCAACAGCAGCUUCAGCAAUCUGGCAAAUGCAUUCCUGGACAAGCACGUCAACUCGUGAGUUCAGUUCAGAACGGCAGAUGGUAAAGGCUUGUAGCGCCAUCUGCUAGAAACUAGAGAGUAGGGCUAUUCAGGGGUUACAGUUCUGUGCCCGUUUAUUCAAGCACAACAACAGGCAGUAGUGAGCCAGUGAUAUAAAGCUGGAAAUUUUGAACCUAUAUGAGAACUCAAUAUUAUCAGUGUUGGUAUUCCGGUAUUUAUUCCAGACAACCAUGGAGUUGUAUACUGUAGUUGAUUAGUAUUUGUAUUUGAUGAUGGUUUUGCAGUAAAAGGAAGAAGGAU